GCCGCCGUGGAGAGCGGAUUUGCCAAGAAGACUUUCAUCUCCUACUCCGUCACCUUUGGGGACAGCUUCCGACAAGGCAAGGUUGUUGGCAUAGAUCCUGGGAGGCAACAAGUCUUGCUCAGUGACGGCGAGGAGCUCCACUACUCCCAUCUCAUUCUUGCAACAGGCAGUGAUGGGCCAUUCCCUGGGAAGUUCAACAAAGUCAUUGACAUGGAGAGUGCCAUCCAGACCUAUGAAGAAAUGGUUAAAGAGAUUGAGAAAUCGCAGCGCAUCCUGGUAGUAGGAGGUGGUGCUGCUGGAGUCGAGAUGGCUGCAGAGAUCAAAACAGAGUACCCAGCCAAAGAGGUCACCCUCAUUCACUCAAAAAUUGCACUAGCUGAUGCAGAGCUGCUAGAUAGCGUCCGUCAGGAGGUGAAAGAGAUUCUCCUCAGAAAAGGAGUGCACCUCUUACUAAGUGAAAGGGUCAGCAAUGUGGAAGACCUCACACCAAACCAGUUCCAGAAGGACAGGGUAGUAAGGACAGAAAAGGGCACCGAGGUGGUUGCUGACAUGGUGGUCCUGUGCACGGGGAUAAAGAUUAAUUCUUCAGCAUAUGCUGCUGCAUUUGGGGACAAAAUGGCAAGUAACGGUGCUUUGAAAGUUAACAACCACCUCCAGCUGGAAGGCUAUGAGAACAUCUAUGCCAUCGGGGACUGUGCAGACCUGAAAGAACCGAAGAUGGCCUACCACGCUGGGCUACAUGCCAACGUCGUGGUGACAAAUAUCAUCAACAGCCUGACACAUAAGCCUCUUAAAACCUAUGAACCAGGGUCACUAACAUUACUGCUUUCGAUGGGCAGGAAUGAUGGCGUGGGCCAGGUGAAUGGUUACUAUGUGGGACAUCUCUUAGUGACCAUUGCUAAGAGCCGGGACCUGUUUGUCUCCAAGAGCUGGAAGACAAUGGGACAGACAAUGCCCUCUUAAGAGGGGAUUAGUAACAAACCAGCAAGGAAUACAGCAACUGUAAGAGGGUGAGGGUGCGCUUUUAUUGCUUGGACAAAACCGAUACUGUCUCCUGCAGCACCUGCUAAAGCCACUCAUCAGUAUGUUGCAUUAAAGAGGUGGCCUGCCUUACUGUAAAGGGGAAGGAGGCACUUUCCAAAUGAAGUGCACAGGAGUUCUCAUGAUAAAAAACAAGGAAGGAAUAUUUCUUUUUCUUCCCUGUUGAGAUAGCUCCGAGCAAGAAACUUGGUUUACCUUGAUUUGUAACAAUAAACACUGUGGUUUUCA